GGUCAGUCGUCGAAAUGUUCGAGAUCCGGUCGUUUUGAAAACCAGCUCGAGCGGUCUAUUCGCGUGAAAUUGAAACUGAAAAAGCCGGUAAAACUGAAGCAAGUGUGUUGUGAUUGAGAAUUGAGCGAAACGAAAACGGUGGCCAAACGAGCCGUUUAAUAAGCAAACAGGCUGGCCAAUAACCAAUUACCAUCAGCCAUGCCAUCAAGGAAUCGUGAUAACGCAGACACAACCGGCAGCAAUUUGUUAAUUUGAAACGUCGUGUGUGUUCCUCUACGAAAAAAAAAACCCAGUUAUUUAGCAAGCAUUUAAAUUGCAUUUGUAGCAUAGCACUUUAGUUGCGCGUAGGAGGAACAGCAAGGUCGUUGGGGUCGAAUGUGAAUGUUUGUGAUGCAAGUGACAAAAUCAAAAUUGGAGUAAAUUGGUAGCCAUUCCUGUGAGCAUUUUCGCGUCGCGUAACGGUAAAUCAUUGCGCCCUGCGUGUCUUCGUGUGCGUGCGUGUUUGAGUGUACGUUUUUCGGUUUUGUUUUCAUCUCCUCCUUGCCAUCCUCCUUUCUUCCACCUUCAAUUGCCAUCUCCUAAUUUCCUCUACGAACGGAGAAACACGAAAACGAAAAGUUUCGAAGACCAAAAUAUUGAUGAACUAUAUUUUUGUACUUGACAAAUUUUGAAUUCAAAACAGACACUAGCGCACAAAAGAACCUGUCAUUUAGAACAUAAGAGGUGAGUUUGUUGAUCUACUGCGGGGCCUUUGGACUAAUUAGUUUUGCUGUUGUUGCGGCGUUCGCUGAUGCUGCUGCAGUUUGCUGCAACUGCAGCUGAUAUUACUGGUGCAUUGGCCGGUGCAACUUUAUUAACUGCUCGAGGUUUCAAUCUGCGGCUGUCAAAUUAAAUGAAAUUUACACUUUACCGUUAAAUUGCCAGGAGCAAUGCGGCGAAGCGGUGGCGCCAAACAAAAUGUGAGGAUAAACCAGCGUUGGAGCCUUCUGGGAUUAUGCUAAAAAUGCUCAAAGUGCAAUAUAAAUUUUUAUGAGUGUACGCGCUGAAUUUUUACGACUGUCUGGGGGCGGGGAAAAUAAAUUAGAGAAAAUGCCACAGGGAGGACGAUUUAAAACAAUACAAUAGCUUAAAGUGGCAAACGGAAAUUGCAUGCAACCAGGAGGCGUGGCACUGUACGCCCCCCGAGCACGUGACGCGCACACCAAGCCAACAGCGAAACUAAUAUAAGCCAUUUUGUAGCGCUAAUUCGCAGGACACACGUAAACGCAGCACAGCUACGUCUUACGUAAAAACACCACCCAUCUGACACUUGGAAAUCAAGCAGAAACCAUACACUCACCUCAUCAUCAUCAUCAUCAACAUGGCCGUUAGCAAUAUUGUCUGCGAGUGGCUAAGAGCUUUGGGCCUGGCCCAAUACGCCGAGAGCUUCCUGGACAAUGGCUACGACGACCUGGAGAUCUGUAAACAGGUCGGUGAUCCCGAUCUAGAUGCCAUCGGCGUCGAGAAUCCUGCCCAUAGACACAAGCUGCUCAAGAGCAUCCGAUCGCUGAGGGAAAAGGGCGCCGCAUCCGUUUACUUUAUGCUCAACGAUCCCAACUCGCUCUCGGGCAGCAUGGAGAUCCUCUGCGAAACACCACCCAACAACGAACUGGAGCUCGUCCUGCGGGAGCAGCUAGAGACGGACGGAGUCCGGCUGACCGCGCAUCCAUACUCAACACCGGAUGGACAACGCGGCCAUUUAGAGGGCCUGGCAUCCGUCUAUUGCGAAUUGCUAAUGGCUCCCUUCGGGGACAUUUUGGCAACUAUCGAGCGGGCGCGCCAGGCGGCCUGGGCGGAGCGGAGUCCGCUGCACAGUGCCGCCCAGGUGGUGGGCGGAUCAGGUGGGGCUGGCGGCAGCACGGGCAGCGGCAGCGGUGGGGCGGCCAGCGGUGGCAGCGGCGGCAGCAGCGGCGUACUGCACCACCGCCAGCAGCAUGGCCAUCGUGGCCAUUCGAUGCACGGCGCCGGUCUGCCCAAUAGUCAUAGCCAGCCCAUUUAUGUGCCCGGAAAGUACUCGCCCUCGAGUUGUCUGUCCGACAAGGAGGAGGAUGAGAUUUACGGAUUCGGCUAUGGCGUCUUCGCACCCCGCGUGGCCAGAGGAGGGUUAACACAACAGCAACAGCUGCUGCAGCAGCAGACGCUGCAAACGCAACAGAGCAUACAGCAACAGCAGCAGCAGAUGCAACAGCAGCAGCAACAGUUACCAAUUGUGCCAGGACAACAGCAGCAAGGACCUCAUCAGCAUCAGACCCUGCCACCGAAUGUCGCGCAUUUGAACUUUGUGCAGCAAAACUGCCUGAGUCCGCGCUCAGCUUAUUUCUACGAAUUUCCACCGACAGCUGAGGGCCGCGAGACAAAGAAACGCACCACACUGGCCCGGCUGCUGAAAGGCUUGAAGACUGUCAAUCGACGGGAUCGGAACAAUCAACAGAAUGGCGCCCAGGCCAGGGCGGCUAACGAUCGUCUGCGGCACUUUCAAAUGAUAAACGGCGGCGCCGGCGGACAGCAGCACAGUUUCGAGGAGACAAUCCACAGGUUGAAAGUACAAGAGGCCAUGCGGAAAAAGGAAAAAUUUCAACGUGAACACGAGGAGAUCCUGCGUGAUAUUCGACAGGGACUGUUGCAAAUGAGUCGCGGCGAAGGACGCAUGGACGAUACGUAUAUGUACGACGAGGCGCUGAGAACGGGUGGCGGUAUGGGCAUCGCCGGACUGGGCAUGCCACUCGGUGUGGGCGGCAAUGGUGGCGGCGGGGGAGCAGCCCAUUAUGCGGGUGGCCGUGUGCGCUUCUCGAACAACCGCGAGAGCACAGGCGUAAUUUCAUUAAGAUCCGCCGGAGAUAUUUCAUUGCCGCAACGUGGACCGCCGCGUAGAGGUCUUAUCGUGCCGCAGCAGCCGCCAAAUCCACCGACAAUAAUACCCUUAACGCACGCCAGAUCUCAUGAUCGCGAAAGCGGCGACUACGCGGGCUCCAUCUCAGAUCUACAAAGCGUUACCUCCAGAUUCAGUACGGUGUCGAUUGGCACCAACAACUGCACGGCCCGCUAUCGAACCCUAAGCGGUGGAAUUGGGGAAUCACCAUCGCUGUCGCCCAGUCCAUCGUCGGAUUACGAGGACAUCGGAGUGACCAGGGGCCACGGAUGUCUACCGCCCAGCCUGCUGGCCGCUAAGGCCAAAAAGAACGGACUGCCGCACGGCAAGGCGAACACCAUUUGCCAAAAGGCCACGGUGCAUCAUUCGGGCGAGAUGCGUAGCUCGGCAAAGGAAAUUGGCGCAUUUAAUGAGAAUGGACGAAACUUUGUUGCCACAAAGGAUACGUCGAGGGAUUUCAGCAAUUCCCAAGAUAAUACCGACCGUGGCAGCAUGAGCGAUCAGGCGUUCGCCUGUUCGGCCAGCUCCGUGGAAAGUUUGCCCAGCGCAUCCGGUUCGAGCACCCAGGCUCUGGUUCGUCCUGGCAGUCCGCACAGCUCGAUUUCGGCCGAGGAUCGCACCUCGAUGGCCAGCUGCAUCUGCAAGGCCAAGGCUCUCGUGGAUAGUUUGCCCAAUCCCUACGAUAAGGAGGCACUCAAAUUCAAGAAGGGCGACCUUAUCGAUGUGCUGUCGAUGAACGCCUCGGGCAUUUGGAAGGGUCGAUGCCACGGCCGCGUGGGCCACUUCAAGUUCAUCAACGUGGAGGUGCUGCCGGAGCAGCGAAUGAAGAACUCCAGCAGCAAGACCCUGGCCGCCGGCUCGCGUUUGGCUAAUUCUGGAAAUGGCAGCCACAAUGGUGGACCCUGCUCCGUGGAGGACCUGCUAAUUCGCAUUGGACUCAAGGAGUACACCUCCGUCUUUGUGCUCAACGGCUACGAGGACCUGGAACUGUUCAAGGAACUGGAGCCCGCUGACCUGGAUUACCUGGGCAUUCUCAACCAGGAACAUCGUGCCAAGCUGCUGACGGCUGUGCAACUGCUGCAUGACAUUGAAUGCUCCGAUGUGGAUAUACCCGGAUCCAGCUCGGAAAAUGAUGAAGCCCGCCUGAACAACAUCAAUAUGAAGCAUGGAGCAUCGCCCUUUGGUCGACGCCACUUUCCCCGCGACUCUGGAUGCUACGAGGGAUCCCCGCUACCCAGCUCACAGACACCUACCCAGGCGGUAAACUCGACGGACGAGUCGAACAGCUUGGACGACGUGGUGACCAAGUGUUCCAGUGAAAUUAUGAAGCGCGUGGAGAGCGCCCGCCGUUGCAAGGACAAUCCGUUCAAAACCACUCUGCCCGGCGGAGGACGACUGGGCAAGAAGUCCUUUCUCGGCGGCAACGGCCUUAUGGCGGACGAUACGCUCACGCGUGGAGGGCUUAGCGAGAAGUCGAGCGAUUCGGGGGUCAGCAGCAGUUCGCUAUCGUCGGGUCCGCUGAAGAGCAGCACUUAACAUUUGCCCACCAUACUGGCCCACGAGUUGCUGCUGGGCGUGGGCUCGGGCAUGGGCAUGGGUCUUGGUCUUGGCACCAUGAGUCAUGGCACCACAGGUACCCUGACGCCCCACGGAGUGGCCACUGCCACCUCGCCUACCGCCCAUUCGGCACCGCUGGGUAACAUCUGCAACACGCUGCCACAUGCACCAAGCUCCUCAGGCGGCGGCGGCGUAUCUUCCUCCAUGGCCAGCAACCUGCCACUCAACCGGAAUCUGGUAAUGCUGCGCAAUCAUCUGCGCAAGAAUACGGGCGGUAGCAUUACCGGAAAUGGCGGCGUAGGAGCUUCCGGUGUUGGAGCACAGCUGCUGCAGGAUCAGGACGACAGACUGGAGGAUCAAUAACCCAUUUACUACAUCAAAUUCUUAGUUUAGUCUCCCAUUGAGUUAAGUGUAUUUCAAUUGCUGUGAUUCGAUAGUGAAAACAAAAGGCCAACAUGCGUCUUUCAGUUCAAAUGUAUAGUAUGUAUAGAGAGAGAUAGACAGACAGUUAAGAGAGAGACCGGUAUAGUGGGGGAUGUGUUUAAAGGAAAGAGAAAGAUAGCAAGCAGAGAUAGUAAGAGUCAGUCAAUCCUUCCUCCGAUAAUGUUGGCAUUUACACAAAUAUUUAACACUUAUAUAAAUACAGACUUUACAGACUUAUAUAUACAUACACAAUCUGCAGAAAAGGAGAAAUUUUAUAUACUUAGUGAUGUAAUGAAAAUAUUUAUAUAUUUUGACUAUAUUUUGAUUUUUAGUUAGUUUGAAGCUAUGCAUUGAAUGAGACUUGUAUGAUUUGCCAUUUUAUUACUGUUUAAUUGCUUUGUGUAUGCAUAUUUCUCAACGUGAUAUUGUCAAACGUCCAACUUGAAUUGCAUUUUAAAUAGAUUCAUUUCUAACAUUUUAAUAAGAGACACACAUAGAAGUUGAUUCCUAUUUUAAGGCACUAAUCUGAGUGCAAGCAAUAGACCAAUUCAAUUUUAGCAACCAAGCAAAACAAAAUAUUUAUAAACAAAAAUAGAAAACAUAAGAAGAAACAGAACACCAACUGCCAUUCGAAACUAAUUUUAAUUUGUUAAUCUCGUAUUAGGACAAUGUAAAUGGAAUGAAUGCAUCGUGCAAAUCCGUCAGAAACUUGUAAAAAUUAAUGCCGAAAAUUGCCAAAUCGAGCAAACAAAAGUAAUGUACGCUAAGCAAUAUUUUCAAAUCGUAGCGUGUCGUGUCCGGAUCGUGUGUACAUAUAUAGGAUGAUCCAGUUAAGAUCUAUUAUGCCACUUAUAGCAGAUAUCAGAUCGUAAACACUAUGAGCGAUUUAGCGUUAAUCAAAAGCAGACAAUGAAAUUAGUCAGGCAGCGCAAAUGUUUUUAAUCAGUUUUCAGCAAUUAGUUAAAUAAAUGAACGAAUAUUUAUCACGGCACAAGAACUACGAAUAAAAUAUUUAAAUUAAAUCUGAUUAAAAUACAUAAUAAUUAAUAGCAUAACUAAGCGUAGAGCAUAUGAUUCUAAUAUGGCAAUUGACAAAAUGUAAAUGAGUUUAUUCGCAAAACGCUUUGACUUUUACUCAGAACGUAAUUAAACCUGAACAUAUUUUGUGACAUAAGAUAUCGAUAUUCAUAUUGUAACUCAAUUAAUUCUAAUCGCAAAUAAAUUAAAUCAAAUUUAAACAAAAAACAAAUCGCACGUGUUACAGCCCGACGAAGAUAAGGUUAAAGACAUAUAUAUGACAAGAGGAUGUGAAAUACUGGACUAUAGGCAUUUUUUUAAAUUUAACUCCAAAGUACAUAUAAGUGUUUCAGCUGUAAAUUGUAACAAAGUCAAAAGAAUAUUUAUAUAUUUAGAGAUGGACGAGAAGCAAACACAAAACGAACACAUCCGCACAGCAUGUGCUAGCAUUUUCUAAUUAUCACUGUAAAAUGAUGUAAUUUAAAGACAGAAUAUAUAAGCAAUAUUAAAGUUUAACCUAACAAGGAGCCACAAAAUCGAUCAUAAGGUCAACACAUUACAAUUGCAAAACAAAACAAAAGAAAAACCAGUAAAAUUCCAAUACACAAAGUAAAACGAGAGCGCAAACUAAAGUAUUCAGAGUUCAGUAAAUUUUAGAAGAAAUUUUCAAAAAUAAAACCAAAACUCGGUGGAUAAUGAUGAUUCAUGUUUAUGCAUCAAUCAAAAUAAAAUUCUUUAAAUAAAAAUGAACAUAUCUAAAAAGU